CCAGUAGCUUGGAUCGUGAUCAUAGUUGUGGUGUUUGGAUGCAUUGUACCAGAUCAUUGAACGUACAGGUGAUUGAACGAAAGACUUCGAAUCAUGAAUUGUGGAGUGCUGCACUGGAGCUACCGUGAUUUUCGCCAAAUGCCCGAAGAACUGCGAACGUGCAGUGACCAAGUCGUGGAAGUGUACUUGAAGGAAAAUUUUAUUCCGUCAGUCCCUGCGUGGUUCUGCGAGGAAAUGACUCGGUUGAAAUUCGUCUGCCUCGCGGGCAAUAUGAUCACUGAAGUACCGGAACAAAUAUCCUUGUUGCAAAAUUUGGAAUCGCUUAACUUGUCACAAAAUUUGGUUGAAGCUCUACCGAAAACUAUAGGAAAAUUACGUAACUUGUGCUGCUUAAAGUUGGGUGAAAACAAGCUCACCAGGAUGCCAAAAGAAAUAGGCACCCUGGAAAACUUGGAAGUUCUGGAUUUGUCCAAAAAUAGACUUACUGAAGUUCCUACCGAGUUGGCCAACUGUACCAAGCUCAAAGAUUUGAUUUUGGAUGACAACUAUUUGUUAUGCCGCAUACCGACUAAACUCUUCGCAAUGCCUCAACUGAUGUUUAUAUCAGCCGAAAGAUGUAACCUGGUACUGCUUCCCUUCAUCUUGAACACAACUACUCUGGAAGGCGUGAAAGUGUUCAAUAACUACACGCUGACGCAUUAUCCCAUGGUUUUAGAGAAGUUCAUGCAACCAAGCUACGACCUAUUUACUGCCAUUAAGCCAAGAAAGAUUUCGAAGGCAUACUUUUAUCAACGCGUAAGCUGUGACGCAAUUCCCCACAAUCUAAUAUUUCCCAUCGAGUUGACGACCAUCCUUGACCGUCGAAAAUCCACCCACACACCGUGCUCUUUGGUCGAAAUGUGUAUGCGGAGAUGCAAUCUUGCCAAGAUGUUCGAUACGAAACGAUCAGAUAAUUGCCUGCCGCAGAGCUUGAGUCGAAGACUUCAGAACGGGCCUUUAGCGGUUUGCGGGAGUGUCCCUUGUUCAAUGGACGUAUUUGGAGAAUGUUUUCUUGGAUUGGUGAAAAGGUAAAUUGGAUUC